AUGUCCCAUGCCCUCCUCCUCCGCCUCUUCCUCUCGCCAUCCUUCUUCACCGUCCAUGUCGCCCUGCAGUACCUCAUGAUCUACGCCGACAGUGUCGGCAUCACGUACUACCUCACCCGUAGACUCCGGGAGCUGGAUACACAGGAGUUGCGCGAAGUGUGGGGAUUCAUUUGCCACCUUCUCGUAACCCGACCCUCCAAGUCCAGAGCGCUCGAGUGCUUCGUCAUCGAGAUUGCGCACAAGUCUACUCAUAUUGCUAUGCUGACGCUAUGGUACAUGCAAGCAUAUCUGAGGGAUCUUGCUCCCCCUCAUAACAGUCCGCAAUCCUUCCUCAUAUGUCAGCGGGUCCUCCAUCAAUGUCAUGAGCUCAUCUUCGGAGACGUUCCUCCUCAGUCGUCUGCUCCAUACUCGUCCAUCCACCUCCCAACCCAAUUUGGUCCCGUGCGGAGGAAAGUAAGACCGCAUGUGCAACCCGCACUGGUCGGCAUAGGCAUGGUCUGGGCUGGUGUGCCUGGCUUACCCGAUCUGACGGAAAUUAUGGGUGAGGUCUCCAUUGAACAGGGCCGUGUGGAUGAACGAGGCCAAAGCGUCAAGAGUCUGCAGCGCGUAGAUGAUGAUAUCGUCCAAGGUGUACAAGUGGAACUUCCUUCCGAGCACCCGGAGGAGCAAGAUGACAUGGAUAAUUCUGACGAUGAAGGGGGAGAGGAGACAGCAGUACAUCCUGACAAACUGCUCUCUGAGCCUGUGUAUCUCUCCAAGGAGGUAGCGCGUUCAUCCCGACGGCAGACGAUCGCAGCCCAGACCAGUCCUGCCUUACCCAUUCAUUUGAGAGGAGUUCGCAGAUAUCGAUUGUCAGAAGAUCCCUUUGGACAACAAGACGAACCACCACCUACUUCUGCAACCACCCCGUUCCAGUCCACGCCCACAUUCUCUGUGUUCAAGCAUCCCGGUAAAAACCUGAGUAUUCAAGCAGCGGAUCUUAUACAAAAAUAUGAUCUGCCGUCACAAAUUCAUCUUCUUCGCAGCCAUUUUUGCCGUUCAGAGAUCAAGUUCCUGCUCACGUUGGAGAACAUUUGCAACAAACUUUUAGUAGUACCAAGACCUGCCCGUGUCAGUGCUUUAAGAGCUGAGCUGACAGGGCUUAAUCAUAUGCUUCCUGCAGAGGUGUGCAUGCCGAUGUGGUGUAGCUCGUCGGAUGUGCCGAACCUCUCAGAGGGUAUCCCACAGCCGCAUCACCGAAUCGUACGUAUUCCACCAGGUGAGAGCGUAGUCCUCAACUCUGCAGAGCGAGCGCCAUACCUGCUACUCAUCGAGGUCCUCCACGGCGACCUGGAUUUCGACCCGGCAAAGCGCAAUAACAAGGAAAUUUUGAAGAAGAUUGUACUGAAAGAGGUUGAGCGAGAAGGCUCAGCCAAAGAUUUUGUGGCGUUCACAGGUAAAGCGCGUCUGUCACGACAAUCGACAAGCAUGUCAGAACACGCGCCUGCUGCUGAAGCGUCCAUCGGCAAUGAUACUGAUGAUAUUGUGACUACUCCUGCGCCUACUAUCUCUUCCACGUUUCCACAGAGCCCUAUAUCUCCAGCUAUAGAUGAUGAUGAAGAGAUUGACCUCGUUGAGCAACUAUAUGGAGCUGACAACUCUCUUCUCGCGCGCGAGGUCGAUUUAUCAGAAACCAUUGUUCUCCCGCCACCUCCCAAGAACAGGGAGCUCGACAUGGCGACCUGGUCCCGGGCAUCUUCGAUUCCCCAGACGCCUAUGAUUCCAAAUGGCUCGAUCAGUCGCCACGUACCCUCGGACAGUCUUUCUAGCGUAGAUCGUCGUUCCUUCCCUUUACCACGGCUUGAUUUUGAUCAGAACGAUCCUAACGAGUACGAUGACAGUGCGCUUACUCCACGCCCGCUCUCGCUCGAUGAGUACUCGGAGAGGAUGCGGACAGCGGCGGUCAUGCUUGCUCAGCUCAACGCUAAUGUAGCACCACCAUCGAUCAUGCCUCCCGGUACCCCUUCCCUUGAGGCAGCCACUUUCACAAGUCCAUUUCGCUGGCUGGUCAACACACCAAUCCUUACUGUCACACCGACUAUGAAUGACAGCUCUGCAAUACCCCCUGCUACUCCUACUCCUAUGCGGAUGAAGCUACAACCUAUAGAGGCGGCUACCAUUCGGGAGCGGAUAAUGGGUGAGAUGUUGGCGCUUGAGGAAGAGCGCGUGGCGCGCAUGAGAGAAGGCGGCAUGGGCGAGGGUAUGUUGAAGAUGGGACAUGAUGGAAGUAUGAAGAGCGUUGAGGACGAGCGCAUUAUUCGACGCGAGCUGAGCAAGGCUGAUCCGUCCGCAGUCGUGUUCAGUGAAUCAUGGGCAGCCAAGAAGAGUAGGAUACGACAGUCGUCGCCUUAUGGACAUUUGGCAAAUUGGGAUUGUGUAUCUGUCAUCGUCAAGACGGGAGGAGAUUUGCGCCAAGAGCAGUUGGCCGUCCAACUCAUUCAGGAGUUCGAGAAGAUCUGGAAAGAGGAAAAUUGUCCGUGCUGGGUACGGUACUUUCGUAUCUUGAUCACUGGUAGCACUUCGGGGCUUGUAGAGACAAUCACAGAUGCUGUCUCGAUACAUUCUAUCAAGAAGGCGGAGUACGCCCGGCGACUUGCGGCUGGUCGAUUGGGACAAGUCACAUUGUUUGACCAUUUCAAAGCAACAUACGGUGACCCCUCUUCGGCAAAAUUUGCUCGUGCGCAGAGAAAUUUCGCCAAGUCCUUAGCCGGCUACUCUCUUGUGACACACUUCCUGCAGAUCAAGGAUCGCCAUAAUGGCAACAUCCUACUGGACAGAGAUGGCCAUCUGAUACACAUUGACUUUGGUUUCAUGCUCUCGAACUCGCCUGGUAACAUCGGAUUUGAAGCAGCACCCUUUAAACUACCCCUUGAAUAUAUUGAGGUAUUAGGGGGUAUCGACAGCAAGCCCUUUGCUGAGUUCAAACGACUAUUCAAAGAAGGAUUCGAGGCCGCAAGAAAACACUGUGAUCGGAUCGUCACGCUGGUUGAGCUAAUGCAGAAAGAUUCGUCAUUGCCGUGUUUUGGCGCUCUUGGAGAGCAAGCUGUUGCUCAAUUACGGGAGCGUUUCCAGCAGGGCCUCACGCAGGCAUCUGUUGAGGAGCAUGUCAAUCGACUUAUAGAGUCCUCUCUGGGUUCAAACUGGACCAGACUAUAUGAUUCGUACCAGUAUUACUCUCAAUCUAUCUUUUGA